UACUGGCUGUAGGAGCAGUGCUACAGUGCUGCUGCUUUCCUCCUUUAAAGCCAGGAGCGUGUAGGAGCAGCCUCAGCUCAUUUUUUCUCUCACGCUGGCUGCUCUCUCUCUCUCUCCCAGGAAGAACAAAGCAACAACUAGUUAUUUGGAGCCCUGUUUUGAUCCUUUAGGAGUUCGAUUCAGGACACGAAGCAGUAGAAGAAAUUGUAGAUCAAGAAUAUCGUCUUGGAGUGGCAUUUUGGAGCAGUUGGAGCCGGUAUUCUCAGGAGAAGUAACUGAAAAAGUUGUAGAUCAAGGACCACAAUUCAGUAGGAGCUCGCCUUUGCAUUUCCAAGGACCAAAGCAGCUCCCAAGAGGCCAAGAUGAAGAGGAAAAAACCUCCCGAUAGAAAGCCAUGGUUGACCUUAUUUGGAAUGAAUGACAUAGGAAAGAUGAAAAGAAAGAUGAAGAAGUUCAACUUUGGAGAAUUGUUCAAGAGAGGAACAACCAGCACCGGGAGGCCUUCUAGGACCUCCACCCGAUUUAGGCGAUCGUACAAUGAGGAUAUCAUCGCGCCUAGCUUCGCGCUCGAGGAGGACAAUGGGGCUCCUAAUGCUUCAUCCUUCCCAUGUUAUGAUUUUCUGACAAAUGCAGGGAUAUUGGAUGAUUUCUUCACCCUUGUCAAUAGGGCGGGCUUAGCCACCUACGUGGGAGAUGAAAGGGAGCAAUACUACAUGCUCACCAAAAUCUUCGUCGAGAGCUUCAAGUUCCACAACACGCAAUAUGAGCCGACAGUUGCAUUCAAGAUCUAUGGUAAUCCUGUUACUAUGGAAUUGGAAGAAUUUUGUUGUGCAUUGGAUAUUGCCCCUGUAGGUACAGCAAGGAGGAUUGGUGACAACCCCCGGGACUUGUUGGAGCUCUAUCGAGGGAUCACCAAUGAUGAUUGUCGCACCAUUCAGCGUGGCAAGAUAAGGAACAUUCAACUCCCCGCCAUUAAAUAUUUUGCGUAUUACAUUGCCACUAGCAUUCUUGGUAGGAAGAACACUAGCAAUAUUUCUAGCUACCAUCUUGCUUUCUUGAAUAUUGCGCUUACUGGACGGACAUCUUAUCAUCUUGGUUCUCUUAUUGCUCGCCGCCUGUCUAACAGGGGGCCUAUUUUUGGAGGAACUAUUGCAUUGCGCGUUUUAACACAUCUAGGACUUCCUCUUGAUCCUAAUGAUGUGCCAUUAACCCCUAGGAGGCUUGAUAUUGCUGCUAUAAAAAGCCAUCAUUUUGUUACCACUGAUUCCACUUUAGAUAACAUGGUCUAUAGAAUGUUGUUUGCUGACGGGGAUGAGAAGGAAAUCCCUCUUCCCCAGCCGGGUUUGUUCAAUAUUGACAGGGAACCAUGGUCGCGCACUAAGGAGGAGGUGGAGGAACAUAUGAAGAUACAAGACUUCCACCAGCAGCAUGACUCCGAGGACGCCGAGCCCUCCUACGACUACACCGUCACGUACCCGGGUGCUUCUUCUAGCACAUACCCGGAAUAUGAUCCAUCUUCGUCGUACUACGGAGAUACUACCUCAUGGGCUCGAUGGGAUUGAACUCCACUUAGGCCAAAAGCCUAAGCUUGGGGGGAGGUAUACCGGCAUCACUCAUUCUUUGCAUAUUAUGGUUGCUGGAUACUUGUAUAUACUUGUUUAGCUUCUUUAAGUGGUUUUCUAAUAAGAGGGGGAUGAUAUUUGGGGAAGUGCUGCCUGAAAACAGAUUCUGGGCUGUUACCAAAAAAAUUCUUAAAACCAGCCAGAACGUUAUUUUGCGAAGCCAAUUUUUGUGCAUAUUCCCCAGGUUGUUAUCUAACUUUCAUUAGUUGAACACUUUUCGAGCUGGGCAGCGGAAGAAUUUCUUAAAAAUCGAUUACUGCACUGCUGUCAAGUUUGACGAAUUCCUGCUGCUUUGUGUUUAUGCGACUCUUCUAGUUUUCAUUUUCUUGUUUUUUCUUUGUUUCUUUCCUAAAACACAAAAAGACCAAAAAUAUUUCUGUUGUUUCUCUUCACCAUUUGUUUAUUUUGGUUUCUUGCUUUUAUUUUGCUUUAUUUGCUAUCGUUGGUUUGCUAUAAGAAAAUCCAAAAAGAUUUUGCUUUGUUUGCUUGCUUCCUUUUGUUCUUGUUUCCAAUUCGAAAACACCAAAAAUAUUUUCUGUUGUUCAUUGGUUUUGUAAAGUUCAUUAUGAGUUCAAUGGUCUUCGGUGGCGGGAGCGUGGUUUUCAUUUCAUAUUAUCCAAGCUACACAAGUGAAAGGAAAUAAUGACGAUCUACGACAAUUCGACUAUGGUGAGAGGCUGGUAUGAACUCUAUUUGCUUUCAUUUUUGUACAUAUACUCAUCCAUGUGAGCAUGCUUAGUUGGUUCAUGUGAGGUAUAUGUCAUUUAAGGAAGCCUAGUAGUUCAUGAUCUCUCAUGUUUAGCUCCAACUUAUUAAUAUGAGUAGCAUGUCAUAGAUGUUUGCUUGCAUUGUUUUAUUCAUAAAUAGGUAUGACAUUGUGGUAUCCUCCUCUGAAUAAUUCAUUUGAAUUGACUUGGCACAUGCUCACGCAUGCAUAUGACUGAACAAAAGUCAAUUAAGCCUCGAUGAUUUACUUCGCUUCAGAGUUCUUGUAUCACUUUUAUGCCUCCGUUAAUUUAUUUUGCCGCAAGCAUGAUUAUGACGAUUCUUGCUCUCUUGAUUGUCGCUCCCCAGUCUAUUGCUAGCCUUCACUUGUACUGAGCGGGAACACUGCUCGUGCUUCCAAACCCCUGAAAACCAAGUUGUUCCAAAGUGUCCACCAUAAAUACCUAUGCAUGGCAUUUCAAACCAUUCCAAGUAAAUUCUCAUGCGCUACCUUUAAACCUUCAAAAAGCUUCUCAGUUUGUGUCAAUGUUUUAUAGCUCAUGAGGAAGUAUGUGGUGUUCAUCUUUCAACCUUGUCAUUUACUUUUGACAGACUUUCAUAAUGGACUAGUGGCACAUCCGCUUAUCCAAUAAUUUUGCAAAAAGAGCUGGCAACGGGGUUCCCAGCCCCAAUUAAUCAAACUUCAUUAAUAAUUCUCUUCACAUGUUUUGCUCUGAUUCAUCAGUAAGCAACUUAAUUUUGCAAAUAGACUCUCCUCCAUGGUAUGAGAUUGAUGGAAGGCACCCGAAGAUUCGGUUAGCCAUGGCUUGUGUAAGCAAAGGUUGGGGGGAGUGUCACCCAUAAUAAACUAAAAUACGUGUGUAAACAAAAGUGAAGAGGGAUGAUCUACCUUGCUGGUAGAGAUAACGUCCUUCAUGGGAGCCGCUCUUGAAAGUCUGGUUGGCGAGGUAGUUGGUGUACCCAUUACCAUUCGUUGACAACAACAAACACCUCUCAAAAUAAUUUUACUCCUGUUUAAAAAAAAUGAAAAGCUCUAGCGCAUGUUAAUCCCUGCUUCCCUCUGCGAAGGGCCAAUCUUUUACUUUUAUGUUGUGUCUCCAUCCUUUCUUUGAGCACUUUCUUGAGAGCACAACUGUCAUUCUUAGUAUAAUAUGCUUGUCUCAAAAUAUGAUUGACUGUGGUAUAACUUUGAUGCUUUUAUCUUUGAGAAUCUCUAUUUCUAGUCUUUCUAUGAACUUUAGAGGUGCCUGAGCAUUUAUGUUUUGCUAUUCAAAUACGGGCAAGCGAGAUACCAUUUUAUCAUAUCCUUUUAUGAAUAUUGCAAUCCUGCUGAUAGACAUGAUUCAUGAUGCUUAUUAUUAAUUCGUUGGUACCUUUCCAUGAUUGACAUAGCUAUUGGAUGAUCUUAUUUGCAUGUAUCUUAUUAUGAAUUGCCUAAGCACUUUUCCAUGUCAUGAGAAUAUUUACAUCAUGAGAAUAUUCAACUCCCAUCUAUUCGCUAUUUUGCUUACUUUAUCACCAAGUGCGUUCUUGCUUGAAAAAAUGCAAAUAAGUUAUCCAUCCAUGACUUGGUUUUCUUAGCUGCUGCAUUGCAACGUGAUAGAACUUAUAAUUUGGGUGCUUUGAUAGCUUUUAGGCUUGCUACUAACCGUGAUAAAGGAGGAAUUUGUGGAGGUCUCAUUGCCUCUCGUUUGCUAGCUAUGCAUGGUGUAGAACCUCACUCUCUUGAUGUUCAGCUCUCUAUAGAGAAACUUGAUAUUGUUUCCAUGAUAAAACAUGACUUUGUUUCUAAUUGGUCUAAUUUGAAUAACCUGUCCUAUGAAAUAACCUUUUUCAAGAAAAAGUGGAGAGUAAUUAAAUCCGAGAGGCUAGUUCGAUUGCCUGCACCUGCUUUGUUUAACCUUGAUUCCAGGAAAAGUUGGUCGGUCACUGAAGAUGAACUUGAUGCAUACAUAGAGAGGUGCGACCAUCACGCAGGCAACGGAGGAAGCCUGAUCUUUGAGAGGGACUUGGAGGCCUUAGCUGAGUUUCUCGAGCGCCCGCACCCCGAGUUCUUUGGAGGACAAGUCAAUGAUCAGCCUGGAGGAGAACUUCAGUGGGUCGUAGUUGCAGACCUGAGGGGAAAGCUGGAGCCACCUAUGUCCGAGAGGAUCCAGUUUUCCGUAAGGGAGAACAACCGGGUGGAUGGACUAGCUCGAGCCAUGCAAGAAGCACUUGCCCGUCUGUGUGGGCAGAAUGUGAACAAGAUCAAUGGAAACCGAACAAUUCCUAAUGCGACUUUUGGGAAUAUUUCCGAAGAGGACAGUGAGGGUGACACACGUAAUGCUGGUGAAUUCUCAAAGAAUUCGCUAUCCAGAGAGGAGGUGGAAGAAGUUGUUCGCUUGGGCGACAAAUUAAAAGAAGCAUCUGCCUGGGUACGUGAUGAUGAACUUGCCGUUUGCAGCGAUGUGGAGAAAAUCAUGGGGGGUUUCAACUUGCCCAAAGAUAUUAGUUCUUCGCUUGGUGAAGCAUUGAAAUUAGCUUUUCUGUCUAAGAAUACAGAAGCCAGAAAUAAGCUACAAGCUAUUCAGGUAUCAGUAGCUAAAUACUGUACCUUGGUCCAGCUAUCAAGGAAAUAAGCUACAAGCAUAUUUUAAGUUCAACAUUAUAGGGUUCUACUUUAUGAAUUAACUGCGUACACAGCUUUGUGCUUGCUUGUUAUAAGAAAAAAAGGUCAUUAUUACUUUCUUAAUGAACUAACAUUGAUUACAUGUUCAAUACAGCCGGUGAGGAAAAAUCAGGCAAAACAAGCAUAUUAACCGGUAACGUUUUGGAUGUGUGUGGCAUUCUGCUCAAUUUACACUAUUUGCACAUCUUGAUGCUUAUACGGUACUUCCUAGUUGGCCAUAUUAAAUGCUCAACCUGCAUACCACCAUGUGUACCUCUUGAACAUUUUUGAUAGUUCUUGCGGGUGAUGAAUAUUAAUAUAAACACUCCCAGGAAAUUUGUGCGGGGAAGGCAGACAUAGUUUCAAUUAAAAUUAAUUUUGAUGAGCACACAAUUUGGCGCAUUAUGGUAAGCCUUUGGAUAGUUGAUUUAUCUUAUUCAAAUUCUCAAUUCUCAAUACCUACACUGUCCAUGUGUCUGCACAAUACUUUGCUCCAGCUAACUGGUUUUCCUAGUGACAUAUAUCAACAUCUAGAUCUUGCAGUAGCUCUAAUUUAUUCAUGUUUGGUUGGAAGUUCCUGUAUUUCCAAAGAUGCUUCACUGUACACUCUUUGACUGCCCACUGCGUCAUUUAAUUUUCUUUUGUGCCUUCUGCACGAUAACUAGGUGGGUGCAAAGCAUUUUCUAGAUCUAACCUCUGGUGUCUGGUGUCGUCAAUACUGUCGUAGUAAUUCUUGUUCUGCUCGUUUUGUUUUGUUUGAUUUCCUCUCUCCGGUAAGGUUGGGUACGUGUUAUAUGUUUAGAGCUGUAUGACAAGAAUGACCUCCUCACCUUGGGUAAUGAGCAGCAGCUAACGGAGUGCAAUCGUUAUUUUGAAUUUCUAUUUAGACAAUAUUUUGAAUUUCUAUUUAGACAACUACUCUUUAGCUCUGCAGAAAUUGUUGGAAGUUGAGGGCAAGGAAAAAAUCAUGAAAGAAAAAUUGAGCAGCACUAUGGAAACCAAGCUGCACAUGAAGAAGCAAUUCAAGUCUUGAAGGAUUGAGUUACCAAAUGGGAGCCGGAAUAACCACCAAUUGGUGGAAAUCAUGGAAUGGAGAAGUUGAGCUAAAGGGUUGAGUUGAUUUGGAAUGGCUGGCAUAGGAAACAUUAUCCGUAGUCCUGCACUUUUGGCCCUCUCACGUCGGCAUGCAGUCACUAUGAGUACCUUCCGAGGUUGGAUGUCGAGACAAUGUAUACUCUCUUAUCCUCACGCGGAGAUGGUCCCGCUCUCACCUGUUUCAUUCGUUACACAUCACCAUUUUCCAGUAUCUGGAAAGGGAUCUUCUACUUCGAGUGGGUGGAUUUCGUAGAUCCCGGCUUGGUGACGGGCUUGGUUCCCAAGAUCGUAGCGUACACUGCAGAAAAGAUGAAGGAACUAAUUAGAGUAGAUGUUACAGACAGAAAGAGGGCUACACCAAGAUUACAAGACUAGGCCUUUACGACUAUAUGGAAGGCCUCUUGAAAAGACCACACCCUUUGAUCACAUGCUUGUUCGGAAGGCACGAGGUAACUGGAAUGCCAAUAGUCGAGGGAGCUGAUACAUGAAGAAGUGGGAGCGAAGAUCCUUGAACCUUGAUGCUGUAAUCCUAGCGGUUUCAGAGAUGAAUGUCGAUCCUAGUGAGGGAGGUCUGAGCAAAGAACUGCAUGGACCUUGAGGAUGUCUGGAUUCUGGGAAGACCCCUAGAUGGAGACCGUGGAGUAGACAACUACUCUAGGCGUGGUUACCCGGCAAUGCAUUGUUGGGCCUCAGAAACAUGCAGUACAUUUGUUUAGGGUGUGUUUGGUUUGAUAACUAAGUGGGAUGUAAUGUCAUUUUCCAUUCCACAAGAAUGUCGUGAUCCGCAGGUGGAGAAAACCUGGUUUUGUUAAUCAGGUCCAGGUCCAAUCGCGCUAGAUUUCAUCUUGGCA